GUAUUAUUGAUAAUUUUUAAUACCAUUACAGUAGUAUGCGUUUUUAUUAUCGGAAACUGUACUUUCUUUCUUGUUGCUUAAAGUAAGGCUUAUAUGAUUUCACUUAUAUUACGAUCAUUAAACCAUUGAUUUGGUCAUUAAACCAUUGAUUUGGUAUUAAAUCAUAACGUGGCAUUUAUCUGGGUCUUUUCCUAAUGCUACUCCAGCUGCCUGUGUUCUUUAAUUAUGUACUUGGAAAUUGUUAUACAGUUGAACCAAACAAAAAGUAAAAAGUUAUUAUACAUUUUGUCGGCAAAUAUUUUAAAUUUUUAAUAUUGUUUAAGCUUUGGCUCUAACAAAAAUAUGCUAUGUACAAAUUUAAAUUGAAUGGCAACAUAAACACAAAGUUCAAAACUAAUUUGAUGCAAGGGACAGUUUGAAAAACUUGUUUUAGUUAGACAUACAGUAUUCGGCCCGAAACGUGAACUAAGCCGGCCCGUUAUGGGUUGAACAUAGAUUCAAAAGCCUGAACCGUGGCCCAUUAGUAAUAAGGAUCCAUUCUGUUGUUUCCUUUAGUUAGAGUAUCAGAGCGACGGUACGUGAUAUGAUUCCACAUAUUCAAUCAACUAAGGCGUGCUUUGAGUUUUUGACCCACUAAACUACAGUAUAUAAUAUGAUUAUUUUCUCGAUCAAUAGUUUCCAGAUAAUAAUAACAAAAGUCCAUCUAGUACUUGGUCAGUCAAGGCUGCUAGAAUAAUACCGGUCAAACCUGUUUUACCCCAUACAAGAAUCACGUCAAAGACAACAAAUAUAUAAACAAUGUAAUAAUACCGUGAUUGACCGUAAAUUAAUAUUUUCGUUAAAAAUACCAUAAAUUAAUAUUUUUCCUUUUUGCCAAAAAUUAUAAAUAGUUUUGUUACUCGUAUAAAAUUCUAAACACCUAUCAAAUUUGUUUAAAAAAGUAUCUAUCAAAUAAAGUUACAAUCUCCAGUUUAAUUUGAUCCAUUAGGUUACAAACCUCUUUGUUAUAAUGCAACGUUGGUUAACUGAGUCAAAUUUCUAUAGUAAGUGGAAACUCCUUAUAUGAAAAAAAUCGUUAUUCAUGAAAAAGCCUAUGAUCGUAACACCAUACGUAAGCAUGUACCAGAAUCAAUAUAUCAUUCCAACCUAUAUAAUAGUUGCGUUUAUAUAUGAUUUUAAAUUAUGCUACAACAAUAAAGAAAUAUGUUCUUAUCCAUAUAGUUCAUAAGGAAUCGCAACACUAAAUGUUUCUGAAAUAUAUACUUUUAAAAUACAACACAUAAUUUUUUGGUCCUCUGUAUAUAUACCCCAUGUAUUUGUCUACACAUAUAACAAGCAUCUGGAGAUUCAACAGGCAAUUACUCAGAGGCCAAAACACAUUCUAAUUUUGUUGUCUUAAAAAAAAGCAGAUCAUCAAAGUAUGUCUAGAGUUAGGUCUGAGCCGAUGAAGGUUGUCUUCAUUAACACACGGUACAUCCAGACAGAUGCUCGGAGCUUCAAGUCGAUUGUUCAAGAACUCACCGGUAAAAACGCCGUCGUCGCUGAGGGUCCUUUCGAAUUCUCCGCUCAAGGGUACGGUGGAAAAGAUUCAUCACAUCAGUAUUUUGGCGGCGGAAGAGAAGCAGAGGGAGGUGUAGAGACGACGGAGUUCGAUAGAUUUUUUAGGGAGAUGCCUCCGGUCGGCGAAUUGUUUAAUCUAUGGUCAGAAACUUGACUAGUGAAAAUUUGAAAAUACGUUUUUCUUUUUUACUAUUUGAUUUAGUUUUUUUUCUCGUGGUUGUUAUGGCCAUUGGGUCUCAUCUUUGUAUCUUAAGCCCUUUUAAACACGAGCGAACCUAUAUUUUGAUUUCUUUUGCUUAAUAUGAUUUCUCUUUAUAGAGUGUUUUGCUUAAAGAUGUUGGUUCUGCUUAUUAUGUGUACUCUGGCCUCUUAAAUGGUGUUUGAUAAGUUGUAGUUAAGUCUCCGGAGAAUCACUAUGGUUCUGUCGGCUUUUGUUUCUAGGGAACAUUGUUUGUUC